UGCACUGGGGAGCUGGGUAUCACCACGCCAGCCAAAAGAUGACAUAUUAUAGGCAACGGCAUCCAAUGUCACUACCCUUUGUGAAAAAAGGACCAACAUAUUAUGGGCCACGGUACAUUCCACUGUAUGGGUCAAAAUCUCCUCUGUCUGUGAGAAUUCCUGUAUACGAGGAAGGCCCCCGUGCACCACUUCGCCCUCCACCUUGUACAACCACCAGGUAUCAACCUCGGCGUGUAUCUGUGUGUCCAGAACCAACUACAACCAAGUACCCUGAAGUAAAUUUGACCAGGAAGCUAGCACGGGCAUCACUCAGGUGUCCACGAUCUUGUGCGACGUAUAGCGGCAUGACCAAAGGUCGAUAUGGUACCAUUACAAAGAUGCCAGAACCUUAUGCGAACAAGGUCCCUCUUCCACGUAUGACUAAAGGCCCAGUGAUAUAUUCAACCAAGCCUCCGCAGCCAUACGUGACCAAGGACCCAUUGCCAACUGUGAUCAAGGACCCAGUAAUAUACCCAACCAGCAAACCACAGCCAUGUGAGACCAAAGUUCCUCUACCACGUAUGACCAAGGGACCAGUAAUAUAUGUAACAAAGGACUCACAGCCAUAUAUUAAUAAUAGUACACAAAUACGUACAGCCAAGGGGAUGCUGUCACGGGCAGCAAAGCACACACUAGCACAGGUGAAAAAGGGCACGACAAGAGGUCCACGGCUACUCUCAACAAAAGUCCCACAUCUAGGAGUGAUGAAACCUUCACGACUAUGGCUGAGUAAGGUUUCACAGUCUCAGCCAUGCUUGACAACGGGCUCCCAGCCGAACCUGGCAAAGGGCUCCCGAGUACACUUGACAAAGGGCUCCCAGCCGAACCUGGCAAAGGGCUCCCGAGUACACUUGACAAAGAGCUCCCAGCCGAACCUGAUUCAUACAGGCACUUUCUCGUCACCAAAGAAACUUGCCAAAAAUGUAAAGAUCUCAACCACUGGCAAAAAAUAUUGCUCUGCAACCAAAUGGUUCUGAUCAUAAAAACUGAGGACUCCCAAAAAAUGAAGACCCAGGAGCACAUCUGUGGUUAUUCUUUCUGUGCAGUCUAGGAAGAUUUACACCACUGGCUCGUAACCAGUUUUGCCUUGUUAAUUUAUUCAUGUUGUUAUUUAAAACAAUAGGUGUUGUCCUUACAUAGUUGUCUCUGUUGUGACUACACACAUAAGCACUGUGCAGUUUCAGAGUAGUCGUUGAUCUAUUUUAAACAAUAUUAUCCUGUUUCUAUGCACGAGUUUUUGUAUCUCAUAUGUA